AUGUCGGGGGACAUACGAAGCCUCCAUCAGCAUGUCCGACAAGUGGAGCGGGAGCGCGACGGGUGUAUGAUUGAACUGAACGAUUUGAAGCAAACGUAUCGGACUCUCGUGGUCGAAAUGGAUGCGUUAGAAGGCACCCACCGGCAACUGAAUAGCACGCGAACUGAGCUCGGCAACGCCAACGCUGCACUACGCCAUCAGCAUGUCCGACAAGUGGAGCGGGAGCGCGACGGGUGUAUGAUUGAACUGAACGAUUUGAAGCAAACGUAUCGGACUCUCGUGGUCGAAAUGGAUGCGUUAGAAGGCACCCACCGGCAACUGAAUAGCACGCGAACUGAGCUCGGCAACGCCAACGCUGCACUACGCCAUCAGUUGCAAGAAGUGGUUCGCGAACGAGACGCUGCUGCCCAGCAAGUGACAGACCUCGACAUGCAAGUGCAAGUCAACUUGACUCAAAUCAAGCAACUCACACAGCAACUACAGCAACUCCAAGACAAACAACUGUCCACAGUGCGAUCCCACGAGAUGCUGUCUGGGGCGCUCAGUUCGCAGCAUGCGGUGGCCACUGAACUGGCCCAAGACCGCGUCGAGUCUGCCGCGACCAACUCGUCGUUGAAUCAACGGCUGGCGUCGCUCCAAGCGCAACUGCACAACAGCGUCCACGAUCGGACAGAACUGACCAAUCAAGUGGCACAAUUGGGUCUGGACAAGCAGCGAUUGGAGGCGCUGCUGGCGAGUGUUCGAAGUCAAGUGGCCACUUUGCAAAUGCAGUCGACGCAGCACCAAGAGGAUAAGGCGGCGCUCGUGCACGCGCUGAACCAGGGCGUGGCGUUCUCACCGGCAACGACGAGUCAACGCUUGAGUACUAGUAGCCGCGGUAGUAAUACUAGUCGGAGGAACGCGGGUACUAGUCCUGCCACGAGCGCGGGUUCCCAGACGAUGCAAGAAGCAGAAGAGCGAUGCCGGAGCUUGGAAGCGCGGCUGAGUCGCCAGGAUGCCACGAUUCAAGUACAAUGAAAUUGGCGUUUUUUGGCUGGGAAUUUAGUUAUAUAUAUAUUAUUUGUGGGUGAAUUGUUAGCGUUGAAUGGGUUUUUUGUAUUGUUGUAGCAAUUGGAGCAAUCGCGCAGCAAGUUUCGUAAGUUUGCCGCCAAGUACGAAGUCGAACUGGAACAGAGAGACCAAACGAUUGAAGCAUUACGGUCGUCGUCGAGGACUAGUAGUCCCCAUCACCACGAUGACGAAUCCAAGACAGAUGACAACGCAAGAUGACACACAUCGAUCGAUUUAUCGUUAGAUUCACGGAGCAAUUAACUCAUACUAUAAUAGUAUUAAAAAAGUCGAA